CCAGGAAGACGCCAUUCAGAGCCAAUGUUCAAGUGCGUUAAUAGCAGAACUGUGUUGCUUAUCCACGCAAAGUAGUUCGGAUCGAAGAUCAAACUUUACGGGAAAUGCUUACUCUUGUAACUACAUAAUUAUUUUGGUCAGACGCUCUCAUAAACUAACACAUUUCUUUUAUAAAGAUUUAACGCGAGAAACAUUCUUGAAACUAACAAGUUUAUUCGUUGAACUGUGCGCUACCAUUACUGUUAUAAAUGGAAUGUUCAAAUAAAGGCAGCCGGACUGCAGUUUCCACUUUACUUCUCUUCCUCGUUACAAUGCAAGCGUUUAUUGUGGCGGCAGACGAACGGACAAUCACUCAGGGCACAAUCAAGCAUAACCGGCGGAAGCGGCAGGUGGGUGACCUUAUUCUGAUGGGGUACAAGGCAAAUAAUGCUCUCACGGGAUCCACGCGUUCAGCGGAUUUCUUCAAGCAAAUCGGGAAGAAACGUUCCCUUUCAUUUUCGACGCGCAGAGCCGGAAGGCCCGUCUGGUUGCCCGACAUCGACGCCGACACAGCCGGAAUUCUGAUUGAUCCCGAGGAGUUCAAGCGUUCCUGGUGAUUCUGUCGCGUGAAACAAACCAUGUUGACAACCUUUCAUAAUUAAGGACGCUGAUAAAUAAUAACAAGUAUUACUCCGAGCACUCUAUUGUAUAAAUAAAAACGGGAAACAUUUUUUUAAGUGAAUGCGCUCUUAUCUACAUCUAUUUAUAAAUAUCUGAUUGGACUAUUUUAGUUCGAGUGAAAUAUUAUUACACAUAUAUUCAAUAAUUAUUCUUAAAGUGUUAAUAGCAACUGCAGAGUUUGUCUCUUAUAAUUUUAAACAAUGACAGUAUA